AUGGAACGGCACCCCAGGUUCCAGGAAUUCAUCAAGAGCCACAAGUUGUACAGGGUGUGUGUUGAAAUGGGGCGGUUCGGGGCACCGACGGCGAAGCCGUCGUGGCUAUACUCAGCGCGCGAGUUCAUCCAGGAGCUGCCCAACUACCAAGGUGCGAAGUCAUACCAGCCAGGCCAGAACAUGUUGGUCGACAUGGUCAAGACCUCCGACGGCGCCGUCCAAAUCAACGGGAACCACCGCCUGAAGGGCAGCCAGGCGUACCCGAAGGCCUUCGGCAAGGCCGUUGCCGAUCUCUACAUGGCGCAUCGGGCGGCCGAGCUCAAGACAGCAGGGCAGGCGCUGAUCCAGAAAUCGAGUUCUGUGAAGGUGCGCCUCGCGCGUGACAUCGCCACGAAUACGCUCACGGGCAAGCGCCGCUGGGCGGCUGCUGACCUGAAGCCCGUGUUCGGGUACUUAGAUCUGUAG